AUGCUUCAGCUUCUGGUAGUACAUCGGUCCGGUGAAUAUGAGGGUCUCCAACGGUUCUCCGGUGAUUCCGGAGUACAGAAUCUCUUUGCCGGCCGGGUGGAAACCCUUGCGCAGCAAACUGCGUUCAAUGCUUGGCAACGAAUCCGCCUCAAACGGCGUGCCGUCUUCGAAAAUGCCGUUCAGCACAGCUGCCUUGGCGGCGACGAGCUCGAGCAUCUUGCCCACCGUCAUACGGGACGGGAAACCGUGCGGGUUCAUGAUAAGAUCGGGCACCCAGCCAUGUUCGCUGAACGGCAGGUUCUCCUGGCUUUCGAUCAGACCGACAACACCUUUCUGCCCGUGACGACUACUGUACUUGUCGCCGAUUUCAGGCAGCCGCACUUGACGUAG